UCAGUUACAGUCGAACAAGAAUCGUUUGAAUUAAAUGUAUAUCAACUCAUUCUAAAAGGCUAUUAUUUGCUCCACAAUAUCCGACUUAGAGGAGGUACAAUCUUCUUGUGGUGACAUUAUGUGAAUGAGUUGUAUUGUUUCGCUAUCAUCAAGCUUCAAUAAAGUAUUGUUGUUAGAUUUGUCAUUACUAAUAGUAUUUUGAUUCAAUAAGUCACAACUGAAUCAUAUUUCUCGGGUAAAAAAUCUGUGACAAAUUGUGAAAGCUGCACUGGAGAGGUGUUCUAAUGGAUGCAGACUCUAAGAAUAGAUAAUAUAGUGAACCAUUUACUGUUUUUUUUUGAGGCUGAUCGCACCUACUAGGCAAAGGAUGAUGGUACUAGGGAAAUUCAUUUUAGUAGCAUUUAUUGCAGAAUUUACGGUAAUAAAGGUAGGCGCAGUUCGCCAGAAGCGUAGCAUUGACUUGAUUGCUGCUCACAGCCUCAUAUCUCAGGAGCGAUUGCCAACUGACACUGCUCCAUCAGGAUACCAUCUGUUCCUGAGGCCGGACUUUGAAAGCGGUUACUUCGAAGGCUAUGUUGUGAUCAACGUCACUGUGCAGCAUAAGACUUAUGAAAUCGUACUGCAUGCUCACAAGGAUUUGCAGAUUGAGCUGAAGAACGCCACUCAAGUAGCUCCUGAUGACGAGGAACUGAAAAAGAAUUCCACUGAAGCGGAUGCCUUCAAACCUCAGCUGCUCACAAUAGAAAGUGCUGAAAAGGUGAAGAAGAAACCUUUAUACCAGAUAUCAUUUGGCAGUCCUAUUAAACCUGGCGCUCAACUUCAAGUCUACAUUCAAUUUUCUGGACCACUGUUCAAUGACACAUCGGAAGGUUUCUUCAGAAGUAGCUACCCGGACAUUGCGACGAAGAAAGCAAAAUGGCUAGCAGCUACACACAUGAGACCAAACAUGGCUAGAAGUGUCUUCCCUUGCUAUGAUGAACCUGCUUAUAAGGUGCCCAUGGUAAUUUCCGUCGCAAGGCCCAAACACAUGAUCGCCACAUCAAAUAUGCCUGUGGAAAAAACAACAGAAGACCCCAGGUUAAAGGACUGGGUAUGGGACACCUUCCAGAAGACUCCACCUAUAGCCACAUAUUCCAUCGGUGUCGUCAUAUCGGAAUUGAGCAGCCUUAGUUAUAACUUGACUGGAAAAGAAGAAGUUCCAGACAUAAGCGUAACAAUUUGGGCCAGGCCAGAUUUCAUAAAUGCAAUCAAUGACAGUACGAUCAAGAUAGAUAAGACAUUGAAGAUUCUUGCUGAGAUUUGGGGAACCCCGUAUCCUCUACCAAAAAUAGACAUAUAUGCUCUGCCCAACUAUCAAGCUACCAAACCUGCAGAUGCAUGGGGAUUGAUUUUAUUCAAGGAGAGUGAGUUAUCUGGUCGUGGUUCUUGGCAUAUAGCUCAAGAGUUAGUGUAUCAAUGGUUGGGUGCCCUAGCAACUCCAUUUUGGUGGAGCGAUGCUCACAUCAAUAAUGCUUUGGUUCGAUACGUUACAGCAUACACAACCAUACAGAUGCAAGAAAACGAGACGUUCUCCAAUUGGCCGAUGACAAUGCUCUAUUCCAUAUACUACGAAUUUAGCAAACGAUAUCCACAUGGUAAGAAUACGGCUAUCAAACAAGACUCAACAUCAGCAAAGACAGAACUCGUAUUCAGAAUGCUCAACUAUACUCUAGGAGAAGAAACCUUCAAACGAGGUUUGCAGAGAUUCAUGGCUGAUAGACAGUACAAGACAUUCUUCGGCGAUGACAUCUGGUUGUGCAUCACCGAACAGGCACGAUUUGACGAAAAGUUGCCAGUACCGAUAACUGUGAAUGAAAUCGCAGCCUCUUGGAUCACUAAGGAUCGAUUACCAGUACUCACAGUCACCAGGAAUUAUACCAGCAAUACUGCAACGUUAACACAGCAAGUGUAUCUGAGGGAACGACCACAUGAUGUGCCAGAUCAAGACAAGUAUCUUUGGUGGAUACCAGUGGUUCUAGUGAGGCAAGAUAAGCUAGACUUCCAUAACUCGACACCUUUCAUUUGGAUGCGAAGCGAAAGAGAAAUACAAAUAGAGGGCUUACCUAGAAGCGAUUCAUUUGUCAUAAUUAAUCCUGAAGAAAUUGGUCCAUUUCCAGUGAACUAUGAUGCGAAAAAUUGGAAUAUGCUGUCGAACUUUCUCAACUCUCCGGAUAGAACCCAAAUUCCUGUGACUACGAGAGCCAAGUUACUUCAUGAUGCUUGGAAUCUUGCUUUCGCAGGCAAUCUGAGCUUUUCCAUCGCUCUGGACAUGACGCUUUUCUUAAAAGAUGAACGGGAUUAUCUGGCCUGGGAUCCCGUGUUCACACUUAUUGACCAUAUUGGAAAGCACAUCGAUAGUUCUCCAACAAUCCACAAAAAAUUCCAGAACUACGUACGAUUGCUUUUAAGCCCAUUAUACGAAGAACUCGGCAGUGAACCAAAAGAAGGAGAAGGUGAUGGUACGUCUCAUCUCAGAAGUUCACUCAAAAUAUUUGUAUGUCAAGCUGGGUAUUCGCCUUGCAUUGAGGAAGCACAAGCUGCUUACAGGAAAUGGAUGGAGGCCAAGAACCCCGAUGAAGGCAAUCCUGUGGCAAACCAGUACAUCUGCCCCGUAUUCAAAUGGGGCACGAUGGAGGAAUGGGAGUUCGGCCUACAGCGCGUUCUCAACUUUCCCUCGUUUAGGAAGCAGAAUGAACGCACAUACCUGUUGAAGACACUGGCUGGCUGCCCCAACGCACCUGAGAAGAUCGAGAAGUUGCUUACUGUGACUGUUUUGGAGAAGAAUGUGAACUUCAGCGACAACGACAUAUAUCUGCUCUUCAGUAUGAUAUCUACCAAUGCUAAUGGGUAUAACACCACGUUUGAAUUCCUGAAGAAAAACUGGAAUGCUAUUAAAAAGAGGUUUGAGGACAAGCCGUAUCUAUGGAACAGCAUGGUGACAGCGGCAACAAACUCCUUUAAAACGGAAGAGGGCUUGGAUCGGGUACGCGCACUGUACGUUGAGAAACAGAACGAAUUCGGUACCGCCGAUUUUGUGAUCGAGAAGGCGCUGGUUAAUCUGAAGGAAGAAGUUAGAUGGAGUAAGGAAAAUCUCCCGGUUAUCGAGAAAUGGUUGGACAACUACAUAUCCAUUUAUGGAUCCAAGAAUUCCAUGGGAAGAUAAUGUACAUGGGAUUAUAUUUUUAGUUGAACUGAUUUCAAACAGGAACAUUCCUGUUCUUGAGCUGAAAGGAGAUGAUUCAACAACCAAUAAUAUAAUCUGUGAAGAUUAAAAAAUAAAUUCCACAGUCAUGUGUAUCGUCAUACAAUUCAAACUCUACAGGGCUAAGUUGCUUCCCUUUGAGUUUAUUUAACAACAUAAUGUUUUUUUUAAAUACAUUAAUAUAUCGGGAUCUUUCUGAUAUUUAUUAAGUGGAUCGAAACAUCGCAUGUUAUUUUGAAAGUUGCUUGGAUUUUUGAUAUUUUCAAUGUCCAAUUAUUGUUCACGGCAACAUAUUUCAGUAACGACAUCAUCAUUUUCGAGAUAAUUAACUUUUUCUACAGUUUCAUUAGCUGUCACUGUUAUAAAGCUUUAUGUUUGUGUUAUAAACAUUGUCAAUAUAAACAAAUAUUUUUUUCAAAUAUUCACUAUGAAAUGUUCAGACAUUGUUAUCAAACGACUUUCUCUGAUUUUCAAACAAUGUACAGAAGUGUAUGCUUAGAAUUAAUAUUAUCCUAAUUGAUCAUGUCAGCUUUUGAAAGUAUUGAUGCUACAUAAACAUUAGAUUAUUGAAACUCAGAAGAGUUGUAUGCAGCGGAAAUGUAUUUAUAGGUUAUUUAACCAUAAUAUAGCUAUCUAUUUAUAUAGUGAGAUAAGUACAGAUUGUGAAUAAAUUAACGAUCAUGAGAUCAUAAACAAAUCACGUUUUUGUUUACCCUGUCCCCCAACUUGGUGCUUCAACAUAGUAUGCUUUAUUGCAUCAGAAUUUAUAGCAGGGUUAUCAGUUAUACUACAAAGCAAGACAUUAUAAAUUCUGAAUUAUUUAGAUAAAUUAUCGGUUAAACUGGUCAGAGAGCCCAUAUAAGAAACUUCAUCAAUCAGUUAAAACGCAUAGAUAAUAUACAGGAUGUUCAUUUGAGAACUUUCCACUACGGAUUUAUCAAAAACUACUGAUUAAAAAAAAACGCCGAGACACGUCAAAUGAUUUGUGAAGCGG